AACAGUGAUUGUUUUUUCUUUCACAGGUCAUCCAAACAGUUUUUUACCUGUACGCUGUGUUCGUCGAUCACAUCGCCGUACGCACUUGUUCUGCUGUCACAUCAGAGUCGUUGAAAAGGAGCCAACACAAUUUUUUCACAAUUUUUGCAUUUCCACUGUCGAUGUUUAUUGCAGUAAGCUUUUGGCCAAUGUGGUUUGCUGACAAAUCUUUAGUUAUGCCUAUACACUAUGAUCUAUACUUUCCGUCUUGGCUGAAUCAUGUAACACAUGCCCAUAUUUUUAUAUUUGCAAUAUUGGAAAUGAUCACGACUUACAGAGAAUAUCCAUCCAGGAUUACAGGAUUGUCUGCUUUUAUUACUUUUAAGCUUUGUUAUUUGAUUUGGAUCAACUAUGUAUUUUACAAGAGUGGCAUGUGGGUUUACCCCAUUCUUGCAAAAUUGAACUUGCCAUUGCGAAUGAUUUUCUUCACGGGAACUUUUUUAUAUGCUCCAUUUACCUAUCUAGUUGGUGAAUAUUUAAAUAAUACCUACUGGGGUAUUCGUCCUUCAAAUAAAUCAAAUACUUUAAAGAAAGAAUAAAACGAAUAAAAUAUUAAUAUGACAUUAUACUCAAUAUUGUACCUAUAUAUGUUUGAUGUUGCACCAAAAUGUCCAAAUUUAUACCUAUAAAUUGUAUGUAUGAGUUAUUUUUGAUUUGUAAGAAA